AUGGCUCAGCUGUGUGAAAAGUGUGUGAAGUUGCUUCAGGACUUUGUGUCCCUUGUGAAGAGGAUGUCCUCAGGUCUGAUACAGAACAUUAAGGAGUAUUUGAUUCUGAUAAGUGAAUGCUCUUGCCUAAAACGAAAGACCUCUGAAGCCAGACAGCUAUACAAACCUGUCCUUCUGCCACACGAAAAGGAGAUUGCGCGAGAGUUUCUACAGCACAUUGAAACAGGUUUUGAAAUGUCACCAUUUGGAAAGGACUCCCUGGAAGCUCUGAGGACCUUAGCAUUUUCAGAAAACCCUGGUUUACAGCAGUCUGCUGCUCUGUAUUACUUGCAUAUGAGUCAGCACUUGAGCACCCAUCUGCCUGCUGAGCAUUUGGAAUCCUAUUAUGCUUUACUGCAGUCCAGUGACAUGGAGGUUCAGCAGAUGUCUUCCUUGUCCCUCGUAAAUUUUUUGCUGGAAGGAAACAUAAACAAAGAACAAGUUGUCCAAAUGGGUUUACUUGAGCCAAUUCUGGAGCUGCUCGAGUCAGGGGACUCCACUGUCCAGUGCAACUCCUGUGCCUGCAUAAUGACUUUGGCUGUCUCAGAGUCCAACCGAGAGGCCAUCGGCUCAGCAGGAGUUAUACCCUUGCUGGCACUUGCCAACUCCUAUGAUCCUAGAGUCCAACAAAAUGCAGUUGGAGCUAUUCUCAACCUCACACGAUCAGAGUGGAUCCAGCAAGUCCUGUGCAGGGAAGGAGCCCUCCCUGUCCUCAUCCUGAUGUUAGAAUCUCCUGACUCAGAAGUACAGUAUUAUAGUUGUGCAGCUUUAAGCAAUGUGGCAGCCAACUCUCAGUACCAUGAAGCCAUGUUGCGAGUUGGGGACCAAUUCCUUCUGCGGACACUCAUUUCUCUCCUGUCUUCAUCUGUGGACAAGGUUUCAAGCCAGGCAUGUGUUUGUCUGAGGAACUUGGCCACAAGUGUGAACAUUCAGGCUGACAUCAUUGCUAUGGACAUCCUGCCCAAGCUGCUGUCUCUCCUUGCAUCUAGCAAUUCAGAUGUUCAACAAGCUUCUAUUGCACUCCUCUGGAUAUUAUCCCAACACCCAGUCAACCAGGACGCUCUGAUGCAUGGAGAGGUGCUGCAGAACCUGGGGAUGCUCUUGUUAACUCACCCAACGGACCCAGGCAUUGUUGGUCACACUGCCUGUAUCAUCAAAAAUCUGAGCCUUUGCAAAACCAGACAGGGAAUCAUUGAAAGUCCAUGUGUGGAAGGACUCCUCCAGGCUAUCCUGUCUACUGAAAUUCAAGAAGAAUCUCUUCAUUACGUGACAUGUGCUCUUGGUGAGCUGGCAAUGCAUGAAGGUGCCACAUUACAUUUGCUAGAAUGGAUGAAUGAACCCCUGAUAAAGCGCCUAGUGAGAUUGGCUGGGCAACGGGAACAUACAGAGCCAUCAUUUCAAGCUGCCUCCAUUGUCCGACGCAUGAUAUGUCAUGAUAAAGUGAUGUCUCUGCUGAAAUGCCACCUGGAGGAAGUCCAGCUCUACCUCAUGAAUUUUCUCAGCCACCAAGAGAUUCGCUUUCAGCAGCUGGGUAUUUCUACGCUGGGCAAAUUACUGGAAGAUCCAGAAUUUUCAUCUGCAUUCAGCCAGAGUCAAUUGAUGGAGUAUCUUGAGCAAGUCCGUCAACAGACGGAAGAAACUCAGGAGCUCCUUAAAAUGGCUACCAGCCACAAAGGCAGUUAA